GCCUGCCAGGCUUUUAAGUCUCAGAAACACGAGAGCGGAUAAGCGGAUAAAGCUUUCCUCAUUUAUAAACGAAACUCGCACGCGACUUCCCGGCGGGACUGGGGGACGUGUGGUGCCCCGGGACGCGGGCGGGUGGGGCGCCCGGCCACCCCUCCCCUUCCCCCCAGCAUCGCCCGCCGCCGGUGCUGGGUCUGAGGCCCGCGUCCAGCAGCGCGGCCGACGACCAGGGCUCUGGGGUCUGCGGGUUGGGCACGGGCGGCCCUCGGGACUGGAGGCGACAGUGCGCACGGAAGUGCUCCCGGCUCGCCCCACUCGGAGGCCGUCUCUUCUCCUCCACUUCCUCCUGCGCCGCGGCUCAGCCUCCGAGCCGGCUCCUCCUCCUUCCCCGCCUGCGGCGGCGCCCAGGCCGGGGGUGCGGCGCGCAGGCCCGCAGUCCCGCAGUCCCGAGCCCCAGACGCGGCGUGGAGCGGCCGGGAGGCGAGGGGCCCGCGCGCUGCGUCACCGCCCCGCGCUCAGGGCCCCACUUCCCGGGAGGCCGCUCGGAAGCUCAGCCCUCCUGCCUCCCCCGGCGCUGUCCGGGACUCGCGGGGAGCCGGCGGCCGGCAAGUUUCGGGCGCCCAGGCGGCGGUGGGCCGCGGGCACCGUGAGCUCCGGACGGGCGGCCGCGGCGCGAGCUCCGCGCCCUGCGUGCACUUCGGCGAUGACUUCGCCGCCGCCGUGGCGGCUGUGCCUUCGCCUCCGCCACCUCCUGCUGUUUCUUCCCGGAUUCCUGCUGCCUCUUUGCGGCGCCUUCAACCUAGACGUGGACAGUCCCGCCGAAUACUCCGGCCCCGAGGGAAGUUACUUCGGUUUCGCGGUGGAUUUCUUCGUGCCCAGCGCUUCUUCGAUGUCUCUUCUGGUAGGGGCACCCAAGGCAAACACCACCCAGCCUGGGAUUGUGGAAGGAGGGCAAGUCCUCAGAUGUGACUGGUCUGCUCACCGUGGGUGCCAGCCCAUAGAAUUUGAUGCAACAGGCAAUAGAGAUUAUGCCAAGGAUGAUCCAUUGGAGUUUAAGUCCCACCAGUGGUUUGGAGCAUCUGUGAGGUCAAAACAGGAUAAAAUUUUGGCCUGUGCUCCCCUGUACCACUGGAGGACUGAAAUGAAACAGGAGCGAGAGCCUGUUGGAACAUGCUUUCUCCAGGAUGGAACAAAGACUGUUGAGUAUGCUCCAUGCAGAUCAAAAAAUAUUGAUGCUGAUGGACAGGGAUUUUGUCAAGGAGGAUUCAGCAUUGAUUUUACUAAAGCUGAUAGAGUACUUCUUGGGGGUCCUGGUAGCUUUUAUUGGCAAGGUCAGCUUAUUUCAGAUCAAGUGGCGGAAAUUGUAUCUAAAUAUGACCCCAAAGUUUACAGCAUCAAGUAUAAUAACCAGUUAGCAACCCGGACUGCGCAAGCUAUUUUUGAUGACAGUUAUUUGGGUUACUCGGUGGCCGUCGGGGAUUUCAAUGGUGAUGGCAUAGAUGACUUUGUUUCAGGAGUUCCAAGAGCAGCAAGGACUUUGGGAAUGGUUUAUAUUUAUGAUGGGAAAAACAUGUCCUCCUUACACAAUUUCACUGGUGAGCAGAUGGCUGCAUAUUUUGGAUUUUCUGUCGCUGCCACUGACAUUAAUGGGGAUAAUUUUGCAGAUGUGUUUAUUGGAGCACCUCUCUUCAUGGAUCGUGGUUCUGACGGCAAACUCCAAGAAGUAGGGCAGGUCUCAGUGUCUCUGCAGAGAGCUUCGGGAGAAUUCCAGACCACCAAGUUGAAUGGGUUUGAGGUCUUCGCGAGGUUUGGCAGUGCCAUAGCACCUUUGGGAGAUCUGGACCAGGAUGGCUUCAGUGAUAUUGCAAUUGCUGCUCCAUAUGGAGGUGAAGAUAAAAAAGGAAUUGUUUAUAUUUUCAAUGGGAGAUCAACAGGCUUGAAUUCGGUACCAUCUCAAAUCCUCGAAGGGAAGUGGGCUGCUCGGAGCAUGCCACCAAGCUUUGGCUAUUCAAUGAAAGGGGCCACGGAUAUAGACAAAAAUGGAUAUCCAGACCUCAUUGUAGGAGCUUUUGGUGUAGACAGAGCUGUAUUAUACAGGGCCAGACCAGUUAUAACUGUAAAUCCUCUUCUUGAAGUCUACCCAAGCAUUUUAAAUCAAGACAAUAAAACUUGCCCAUUGCCUGGGACAGAUCUCAAAGUUUCCUGUUUUAAUGUCAAAUUCUGUUUAAAGGCAGAUGGUAAAGGAGCACUUCCCACGAAACUUAACUUCCAGGUGGAGCUUCUUUUGGAUAAACUCAAGCAAAAAGGAGCAAUUCGACGAGCACUAUUUCUCCAUAACAGGUCCCCGGGUCACUCCAAGAACAUUACCAUUUCAAGGGGGGGACAGAUGCAGUGUGAGGAACUGAUAGCAUAUCUCCGGGAUGAGUCUGAAUUUAGAGACAAACUCACUCCAAUUACUAUUUUUAUGGAGUAUCGGCUGGAUUACAGAACAGCUGCUGAUGCAACAGGCUUGCAACCCAUUCUUAACCAGUUCACUCCUGCCAACAUUAGUCGACAGGCUCAUAUUCUUCUUGACUGUGGUGAAGACAAUGUCUGUAAACCCAAACUGGAAGUUUCUGUAGAUAGUGAUCAAAAGAAGAUCCAUAUUGGGGACGACAACCCUCUGACAUUGAUCGUUAAGGCUCAGAAUCAAGGAGAAGGUGCCUAUGAAGCAGAGCUCAUUGUUUCCAUCCCACCGCAGGCUGAUUUCAUUGGGGUUGUCCGCAACAGUGAAGCCUUAGCAAGACUUUCCUGUGCAUUUAAGACAGAAAACCAAACCUACCAGGUAGUAUGUGACCUUGGAAACCCAAUGAAGGCUGGAACUCAACUGUUAGCAGGUCUUCGCUUCAGUGUACACCAGCAGUCAGAGAUGGAUACCAAAGUGAAAUUUGAUUUACAAAUCCAAAGCUCCAAUCUUUUCGACAAAGUAAGCCCAGUUGUAUCUUACAAAGUUGAUCUUGCUGUUUUAGCUGCUGUUGAGAUAAGAGGAGUCUCAAGUCCUGAUCAUAUCUUUCUUCCGAUUACAAAUUGGGAGCACAAGGAGAACCCUGAGACUGAAGAAGAUGUUGGGCCAGUUGUUCAGCACAUCUAUGAGCUAAGAAACAAUGGUCCAAGUUCAUUCAGCAAGGCAAUGCUGAAUCUUCAGUGGCCUUACAAAUACAACAAUAACACUCUGUUGUACAUCCUUCAAUAUGAUAUUGAUGGGCCGAUGAACUGCACGUCAGAUAUGGAGAUCAACCCUUUGAGAAUUAAGAUCUCGAAUUUGCAAACAACUGAGAAGAAUGACACAAUUGCUGGACAAGGUGACCGGAACCAUCUCAUCACCAAGCGGGAUCUCACCCUCAGUGAAGGAGGUAUUCACACUUUGGGUUGUGGAAUUGCUGAAUGCUUGAAGAUUAUCUGCCAGGUUGGGCGACUAGACAGAGGAAAGAGUGCGAUCCUGUAUGUCAAGUCUCUGCUGUGGACUGAGACCUUUAUGAAUAAAGAAAACCAGAAUCAUUCAUAUUCUCUGAAGUCAUCUGCUUCAUUUAAUGUCAUAGAAUUUCCUUACAAGAACCUUCCAAUUGAGGAUAUCUUCAACUCCACAUUAGUUACCACUAAUGUCACCUGGGGCAUUCAGCCAGCACCCAUGCCUGUGCCUGUGUGGGUGAUCAUUUUAGCAGUUCUAGCAGGAUUGUUGUUACUGGCUGUUCUGGUAUUUGUAAUGUACAGGAUGGGCUUUUUUAAACGUGUUCGGCCACCUCAAGAAGAACAAGAAAGGGAACAACUUCAACCUCAUGAAAAUGGUGAAGGAAACUCGGAGACUUAACUGUGAUUUUUAAAUUAUGCUAUAUCGUGACCCAGUAGAAUUACCAACUUCACUAUAGGUUUCAGUUUCCUUCAUGAGGAAUAAAAUUCCAAGACUGUACUGCUGAUGGUGCCCACUGGUAUUAACCACAAAAUGAGAGCAAUAUUUGUCAACUUUUCAUUACAAUUAAGUUUAGACAUACAUUUAAUACACAGCACUGACUUGUGUUUUUAGGUAUUUAAAUAAUAAAAUUUCAAGUGCUAGUUCUUCUUCAGUGUAUAUAGACAGUAGUGCCUGAGUUACCACUUUAUAUAAAAUAGUACCUCCUACAAUAACUUUCUGAUUUCGAAUGUUGGAUUUUGUUUGUUUUUUUUGGUUUUUAAGCAAUCCAAAUUGGGACCUUAGUAUCCACAUCCUUUGUACAGAGACUUAAUGUUAAUACACAUUACACUACAGCUGAGUUUUCAAGCUAUUAACUUUGUAACUGCAUGAGCUUAGAUUUUGAUAUUACAUAAAUGAUAGAACUUUAAAAAAAAAGUAUGAUCCCAUCAAAAUCCUUUCCUGCAAUAAGGAAGGUAUAAUAUUUUAUUUUAAUAUGAAAAUUGGAUACAGGCUAUUAAAUUUUUAUUUAUGUUUAAUCCACACUCUGUUUUAUUACAUCCUAAUUUCUGUAAGUUUAUUUCAAAUCCAACUUAUACUAAAAAAUUAGUUCUGUAAUCAGAAAUGCAUCUUUUGUGUAAUAGUUUAAUUUCUGCUAAACAUAAUGAUGCUUAAAGCCAUAUAGAGUUGGAAAUCAUUUCCAAGGUACAUUUUUCCAUGUAUUAGUCUGGCUAUUUACAAUACAAAAAAAGUAUUUUUUUUUAAAAUUAAAAGACUGUGUUCAUAGUUUCUUAAUAGAGUUGCUUAUUAAUAGUAUAUUCUUAGAGCAAGGGUUCUUAGUUGGGAUUAAUUUAUUUUUCUCCUAUGUAUGCAUUUUUCCUUAUAUUUCCAAAACCAUUACUGAGAACAACAAGAUCAACAAGGAAUCUCUACAACUUACAGGAACCUGCAUCCAGCCCCCCAACCCUGUGAGAAAUGCUUGGAAUUGAAAAUUUUAAAGUAGCUCCCUGGUUUACUUCUAGCAAUAGCAUGAUGCUACUCACAUGGAUAGUACCUCAGUUUAAGCAGGGUAUAAUGUGUAAAAUCAGUCUCAGCUCUCAAAAUGAUUUCUAAAAGUUACUUUUGUAAGUAAUUCAAAUUCUUAGAAACCCUUUAAAACUUUCUUAGGUUUAUUAACAAAUUACAUUUUCUUGGUUUUUUAAAUAAAAUCUGCACAGGUGGCAAGUGGUAGUUUUAUAUGCCUGUAGGGUGAUAAAUCCUCUACAGCAAUAUGUGAUUUAUUCAGAGGUCCUCAAGGCCUGAGGAUGACUAUUAAUUAUACCUAUUUUUGUGCAAUUACUUCAUGUUGUGCAUUAGAAAUUAAGAGUUUAAUAGCUUUUUAACUGCUGUCUUUAUUAGACAAUGAUAAAGAUUUCCCUUAAAUAAUUAAAUAUUUUUCUAUAUUUUAAAAGUAAUUGAAAUUUAUCUUACCAUGUCUUGUGGUAUAAUUUCCUACACAAAUGACUUAAGCUCAAAUAUAUUCAUAACAUAGAGGCAUAGGUAAGUUAAAUGAAUUAGAACAUAGACAAGACCCUGUACUUAGCUUUAGUGAAUUUCAAAAUUAAUAGUUUUAUAGUAUAGAUUUUACUGGUAACUUAAAAGAUCUUAGUCAUAUGCAGUAUUUUUAUUAGCAAUAAAUCUCUAGAGUAUUUUAAGAAAAAAAAUUUUUAUCCUAGGGCCUGCCACCAGACUAAGUUGGUCUAUAGCAAAUUUCACCUUGUUUUCCCACGUAGUAGUAGUCAUUCCUGACAAUAUAUGUAGGGUAGAAAUUCACUCUUUGAAAAAAAGUUACUAUUUGCUUUUUGUACCAUCUAUGCUUUUUAUGGUUUCUAUCUCAAGGUAUGAUCUUGUAUAGGUGAUUGAAGAAUAUUAUUAGAAAUUAACAUGAUGCUUUAAAUUGCUUUAUGAAAUGUAAUUUUAAGCAAUAGUAUUUUCUUUUUAAAAAUGAAAUUUUAUAUCCCUACAAAAAUAUGGUAGAAGUAAUAAUUUAAAAGCCAACUCUUUGAGGAAAAUAUUGGGAUUCUUUGUACCCUAAAGUAGUAUGUGAAUGUAUGUGGUUAAAAUGUCAAAAAAUAGUCAUGUAAUUACUAUUUUAAUCUUCAAAUAUUUUAAAUAUUACUGUGUCUAUGGUUUAUUGAGAAUUUGACAUCCAUUGACAUCCAUUUUGAGUGUACAAUUCUUAUAAUCUGAUUUAGUUUUAAACAGGUGAGUGAGGUACUGGUAAGAAAUAUUGAAACUUGUUUUCUUAUAUAGGCAUUUAUUUCAGAAUUGAUAUUUUGAGAAAUAUUUGUGCAAGGGAUAUCUUCCCUUUCCCUUGCAAUUAAUUAUUACUGUAAUUCUAAUUAAGUUCUUUAAAAUUCCAAAGUAUAAGACAAUUAAUCAAAUAUGUGCCAUGAUUCUACCUGUUAUAAAAGUACUUAUUUCUAGCAAAUUCUCACUAAUACUUCAUAUACAGAAAAAAAUUUAAGUAUUAGUAAAAGAGACUAUACUGGCUUUGUAAGAGGGCUGUGGAAGACUUUUGACAGUGAAUUGUAACCCUAAGAGAUCUAUGUGGCAAAAGUAUAGUAUAUAAUAGAUAAGGCAAACAGAAUCUGGAAGUUGAUAGAUGUUCCUUUGCUGUAGGCUGUAGUGCCAAGCGUGGGAGGAAGAAGUCAUUCUUGGAAUAGUUGUGUGUGACUAUUGCCCAUCUCAGUGUCACCUUGUUUGUGUCCUUGGAUAGCCUAUGUAUAUUUGGUAACUGAAAAAAAUGUAUAAAAUUUGAAAAUUAAAUAUAUCAAAAAUGGUGCAUGAAAUGACUGUAAUACUCAGUGGACAGUGUCUUUUUUAACUUGUUGGUAGGCUAGUUCGAAUGAUGAACCUAUCUGUGGACAGGUAGCAUACAUAUAUGCUUAUAUUUCACUCUAAUUUCCAAUACAUAAUGGACUUCUUCAGAGAGAUACGGAAUCUUUUAUUUUUGUUGUCUUUGCUCUCAAGUGCAAUAUAACAAUAUAACCAAACCUAGAUAAUUUCAGAGUUGUUAUUAAUCUAGUAAACCUAAUCUAAGUGGAGAUUUAUUAGUACUUUUGUUAACAGGAAAGAGUAAUUCUGCUAUGGAUAUACAAACAAAGUUAUUUACCUCUUCAAAGGUCCAUUGUACAUUUUAUUUCAGUCUAGACAUAAACUAUUCCCGACUAGUUUUGAAACACUUCGAAAAAUCUUAAAGUAACUUGGAAGCCUUGUAUAUCACAUUAACUUGCCACCUAAGCAACAUAGAAAGUAAUUUGCUUUGUUUAGCUUCUUCUGUGAUCACCCACAUUGGGUGAGACAUAAAAUGUGUGUGUUCUAAAAUUUGACAUGUGCUAACUUGAUUUGAGUUAGUGAAAACUGGUACGGCGUUCUGCUUAGUUUCCAAUGUGUAACUUGUGUCUGUUCAAUAAAUUUGAGCAUAUGGUGCCA